UCUUGUUUUAGUCUAUAUUUUGGUUACAUUUUGAAAUGAAGUACGCCAAAUAGGCUAAUAGCAGUUCCUGUUUGCAUUUUACCAUUUGAUGUACUGUCACUUCUCAAUUAAUUACUUUGACACUGAAGAAAACAUUAAACGAUAACUAACUUCCGUUGCUGUUUUUUAUUUAUAAGACGGUCCAGUGAGCCAUAGAUGGGAAAAUACCCGUCAAGCCAGCCGCCGUUUGGAUUUUUUUUUUUCCGCCCGGAAGCAUUUUAGAAGCGCACACAUCACAAUGGCAACAUGUUCGACAAAUAGCGAUUCCGUUGAUGAGCUAGAUGAUCCCGGAGCCGCUCCUUAUGGCAACUUUAUAAACUAUUACACCUUUAAUCCUCCGGAGAACCGAUUGGGUCUGAUUCCAGCCACACUCCUUCAGGAUUUAGGUUACAGCAACGGCCAUCGCACCACACUGAUACUGGACGUGGGAUGUAAUUCAGGGGACCUGAGUGUAGCCUUUUAUAAGCAUCUGGUGCAGGAACCUGUGUGUGAAGAAGAGUCGGAUAGGAGCCAAGUUCAUCUAUUGGGCUUCGACCUGGACGAGGCUCUCAUUCAGCGGGCUCAGCAGACCAACCCUCUGCCCAGCAACAUCUCCUUCAUCCCUCUGGACAUCACUACAGACGGCAGCCAGCUGCAGGAUUACCUCGACCAGCGUGGCUGCUCCCACUUCCAGCUGUGUCUGUGCCUGGCUGUCACCAUGUGGGUCCAUUUAAACCACGGAGACCGCGGCCUGCUGCAACUUCUCUCUCGCCUGGCCUCCAUCAGCCAGCACCUGCUCCUGGAAGCCCAGCCGUGGAAGUGCUACCGCUCUGCAGCCCGGCGGCUGAGGAAGCUGGGCCGCUCAGACUUUGACCACUUCAAGACCCUGAAGAUUCGCGGGGACAUAGCAGAACAUGCCAGGGAGCACCUGGAGAGACACUGCGGCAUGGAGCUCAUCCAGAGCUUCGGCAACACUGCAUGGGACCGAAAACUGCUGCUCUUCAGAAGGAGAUGAGACUGAGGGACAAUGUCAAGUUUUCACCUGCUGCACCGGAGUUGCUGGGAGAUGAUCAGGAAGACAAAACAAAGAGACAAAUGCAGGGAUUGGGAGAAAAUAGGGUUGAAUUAAUUGACUGACAUACCCAGCAUCAUGGAUAAUCAAUUUAUCGUAUAACAGCUUUUAAAGCAAAAUGGUCAAAAAUUCACUGUUUCCAGCCUCUGAAAUAUGAAAAUUUCUAUUUAUCUUUGUCUUAAGUGAGUAUUCUUGGGGUUUGUACUUUUGGUUUGACAAAAGAAUCAAACUGAAGACACCACCUUAGGCUCUGGAAACUGGAGAGAGACAUUUUUUACUAUUAAGUGGCAUUUUUAUAUUAUUUUAUAUUAAUCUAUGAAUCGAGAAAAUUGGCAGAUGGAUCUUAAUGUCAAUUAGGACUGCAGUUUACCAUUAUUUUCAUUUUAGAUUAAUCUCUGUGUGUAUGUGUCAGAAAGUAGUGAAGAAUAUCCAUCAAAAUUUCCAAGAGCCUGAGGAGACUUCUUCAAAUAUCUUGUUUUGUCUGCCCAACAGCCCAAAACACAAAAGGUAUUCUGUAGCACAUGUAAAUUACAUUUUCUAGCUAAAACCUUGAAAUACAUUUUUUUUGUCAUUCAUUCAUUAAAAAAAAAAAAAAAAAAAACACUGUUUACUAUCCGGUAAUAUAUCUGCCUCAACAAUUAUGUGUUUUAUUAUAUAAAAUAUUUGCCAGAGAUUGCCCAGCUAUACAAUUGCUCACUUUAUGAAUGUGCAAUCAUUACCAUGCCAAUUAAAUAAUAAAACACAGCGUUUUUCAUUAUGAAGUGGUUUCUCCCUUCUGUAUCAGAGCUGAUUGAACUGCACUGGUCAGUAAUGCAAAACUAAAAAAUAAAAA